CCCUAUUCUCAUUUUGAGAUUUCCCUUGUUCUCUCCAAUUUGCCAUGGAGAAUAAGCAUAACCCUACUUCUCAUACGUCUCAUACCUGGUCGGAGCUUCCCGAGCUAAAUCCGUGUGUUCCUCUUGGUACUCUGCUUCCAGACAAGUCGUGCCCAAAAACACAUCCAUUGGCUGAUUUGAUUCCCCCGAGACAACAACAACAAUUCAUGCACGGCAACUCAUGGAAGUUGGCUCCUUAUGGGAGAUCGAUGAUUAUGCGUUACGCCAUGCAAGUCAGAGGACAAUUAGCACCUACCGUGUUAGGUAUAAACCGUACGUGGAAAGGAGAUACAUGUUGGAAUCAAAUCCCCAAAACUUCAGAUUGUUUCCACAUGGUUUACAAGGAUCACAAGCUUUACUUCCUAAACAAAACUGGUAGUUUCAAAAUCUUUGAUUUUUGUGGAGAUAUUCCACAACAAACCUUUGAGUGGAGUGUUAAAGUUGAAAGAUCUCAGUUUGGACCUCCUCCACCAAGUAAUCCAUGGAAAGUUCUUGCCACAAAACUUGUAGUCACCGUAACAGGAAAAGUCCUCAAGGUUGAAGAAAUGGGGGGAGCGAGGCCUAGAACCUGGUCCUUCCGGGUUUUCGAGUCGAUGCUUUUGGAUCAAGGCAUCACUGUGCUAGCCAAUGACACUGGUGGAUUCAUUAGAAAUACCAUCUAUUUCAGUGCUAGUCAUGGGAAUAACACACAUGAUAUCUAUAUCUUCAAUCUCGAGACACAAAAGACGGAGCCGCUGCACACACUUGAUAGUUAUUCUUCAUCAGUUCAAUUCUAUGGAGCUCAAUGGUUCGUACCUAGUUUCAAGCACUAA